AUGGCCUCCAAAAGUGACACGAGCUCCACGAUCGUCGAGACGAAUAAAAACGAUGAGAUCGUCUUGGAGCGCCUCGGAUAUAAACAGGUUCUCCAUCGGAGCUACUCACUCUUCAAAAACUUCUCCACUUCAUUCGCGGCUCUGUAUUUGGUUGGUGGUGUUCGUGUUACCUUCUCCACAGGCAUCGCGGCUGGAGGUCCCCUGGCCUAUUGCAGGAUCAAGCUACCUCUGGGCCGCCGAGGCGGAAGGCCGUCGAUUUGGCCGACUAUUCGGAUUUAUCGUCGCAUAGUGGAGUACUACCGCGUGGACAACGUUCUGUGCAAGCAAUACCCAAUCCACGGUCAAUUAUAUGCUAUCAAAUUGACCGUGUUCGAAUUGGACUUCCCCACAGACACAGGAAACAUUAAGUUCCGCGCCUUACAAUGGAUCUGCACUGAGGUGAUGUUAGCAUUGGCCGCAUGGAUAAAUCUUGCGUCGCUAUUCCGAUAUGUCUUCUGGUUCUCAACCGCGGCCGUCUUCUUGGACUUCAUCCUCAACCUCAUCUGGCUUCCGCUGGGUGCCCACAACACUUACGGUCUGCGCACUGCACAUGAAGCCUUCAUGACAACAUACAACGGCAUUGGAGCCCCGGCCGGCUGGGACUGGUGCCUCUCAUACCUCGCCACCGCAGGUAUUUUGAUCGGUUUUGACGCAUCGGGCCACGUCGCAGAGGAAACAAAGAAUGCGUCGCUGAACGCAGCGAAGGGCAUCUUCUUGAGCACUGUCAUCAGCGGGGUGCUGGGCUUCUCCGCUGUGAUCCUGUUUCUAUUCACAUCCCCUCCAAUCGAGGUCCUCUUCUCCUACGACGCCCCGCAAAGCUUCGUCCCACUGUACGCCGCCGUCCUCGGCCGCGGCGGUCACAUCGUCAUGAACAUCCUGUCUAUUGUCGCCCUAUGGCUCAACACCGCCAUUGCUAUCACCGCCGCCUCGCGCCUUGUCUUUGCGGUAGCUCGUGACGGGGUCCUCCCCUUUUCCGCCUGGACCUCCCGAGUCUCUGAAGGCCUCCGCAUUUCUCAUUUGUUUAGUGAGGAGUGGCCAGGGAUAUGCGUGGCAGUGAAAGAUCUGAAGGCCGCUCGGCAUAUAGUAGGCUGGUGUCCGGAGAUGAAGCUAUAUGCAGGCCAACGUGACGCGAGCUACAGCAUUGAAAAUACCGCUCUCCUGCAAGUCAUUGAGAACGACUCGUUCAUUACUUCUGAUCUCUCCACAGGAGAAGUCGUCACUGAUGGCACAAACCUAGCUCUGGGUCAGAGAGAAAUCGGAGGAUCGCGCACAUCGUUCUUUGCAAAGAUAAAAUGGUUAUCCCAGCAUUACGUUGUUCUUUGGGAUGUUGGGGAUCAGCGGGGAUGGCUCGUCAAUGGUCCUAGCGCCCUGCUACACCUCGUUCGGGCGUCAAUUCGUGAAGGCCGUGGUGAUCGAAACACUGCAUCGGUGCGAGAAGAUCAGCUACUCGAGGCCAAAGCGGCGUAUCAGUGGAACUCAGCGUUCCAUCAUCUGUCGCAUCCGCUAAAUCGGCGAAUUAACAUUGCCCUUGACGGAGAGGCCGGCAAGCGCGAGGCUAUCAAGCAGCCGAGGUCGUUUCUGGACGGCUGGGACUUUCGGGAUCUUGUUUUGGAAAAAGAUCGAAUUCAUCUGCGAAGGACAGUCCUAGAGCCUGAAGAUCGGUCUUGGGUAGAUCUGACUCGGUCCAUCUGUGCACCUGCAUUGUCUGGUCGGGGAUACGGUGACCUCGUGCUACCAGCCAAGAGGCCACAUUCAGAUGCGUUAUGGACUAGAGUGCCGACCGGAAAAUAUUACCUCGCAGCGAGCGCGGAAGACAUAACGGAGCUAAUGAAAACCAAAGGUAACGAGAAAUCAACUCCUAUCAAGCUAACCAGCGACAUUGUCUGGUGCGUUGCGAAAUCUGACAGCACGCCUCCACCGCAACAUAACAGACCUAUGCCAGAGAGCAUGAAGCAUGUUCAUGCGCUUCUGCCAUAUAGAAGGCAGCACGAGGCUCGAAAUACUGCGACACUCGACAAGGAGGCAAAGGCUUGGGUAUUCGGACCCAACGAGAACGAUCCAUGGCAGCUAGGACCUCAAUACGGACACCCGGGACUAAAAGAAGACCGGAUUUCUCAAUGGUCUCCCAGCCAUCCGUAUCCAGUUCCUGAUUGCAACCCUUGUUUUACUACGUUCGAGGUUCAAAGAACUCCCCGAGGAACCACUCACCCCCGAAUUCACUACGGCCUCAUCAUCUCGGGCCGCGAGAUAAUAACAGUACCCGAAGCCCGUGACGAACUCGGCCAGAGGUACGGCGCCCUAUGUUACGAGACGGAAGCCGCCGGAAUCAUGAGCAUCUUCCCUUGCAUGCUCAUCCGCGGCGCCGCCGAUUACGCGGACACCCAUCGGCACCUGAUGUGGCAGAGGUGGGCAGCUGCCACGGCGGCCGCGUAUUCGAAAUUGUUCCUGACCCGUUUGAGCGGGGUGGAUGUGCACGGGUUUGCUGGCUCGGUUUACGAGGGGAGGGGAUGCCGAACGUCCAGCUAGUGCAGGCUUUCAAACGCCAUGCAGCGCACUAUAGGGCUUAACUGAAUAACUCCGGGAGCAGACUGUGCCACAUCUUUCUCGCCCUUGGGAGUCAGGUCAUAUUCGAUAAACGAGUAAUACCAGGCCCCGCCCAAAUUCCCUCUGCGGUCGUACGUAAAUGUAUCGCCAGCUCUCAUUUCAGUCUUCCCCUUCGUUAACUUGAUUUGAUUUUUCUGUGAUUGAAUUUCAGGAUUCACUACUUCACAUCUCUGUCCCGCUGUGGAAAUGCGAAAGAUAAUCUGUUCUCAAAAAAGCCCGAAAAAACAAAACAAAACCACUGACAAAGAGAUCUUCGUUUUGUUUCAUGUUGAUAUAAUAUGGGAUUUCAUGCACUGUUUCGCUUUAGCUCUUCCCCGCAAAUUCGAACCAUAGACUUGGC